GAUUUUACGACUCCGAUGUGACAUUAUCACAACGCUGGGAAAUGUGUCGGUAAAUGAAGGUUUUUGUUGGAAUAACCACAUCAUCGGGCUGAGCUGCGUGUGUGAGGUUCGUCUCUGAAGUCGUGGAGGUUUGAUUCAUGUAAACAUGUCAGCGCAAAAAGACUGCGAGUUUCUGGUGAGAAGAGCCCGGGAGCUGGUGUCUGAUGAUCCCUGUGCGGCCAAAGCCUGGCUCAUCACAGCCAGGACCCUGUACCCUGCAGACUUCAACAUCCAGUAUGAAAUGUACAACAUUGAACGCAAUGCAGAGAGGACAGCCUCCGCAGGGAGACUGCUGUAUGACAUGUUCAUUAACUUUCCAGACCAACCCACUGUAUGGCGGGAGAUCAGUGUCAUCACAGCUGCCUUGCGCGGUGACUCUCAGGACAAGCAUGCACAGUUUCUACGAGGACUUUUUGAGACACUUCCGGGCCGUGUGCAGUGUGAAAUGCUUCUGAAAGCCACUGAGCAGUGUUUCAACACUUUGGAGAAGGCAGAAAUGCUGCUGCUUCUUCUGAAGCGCUUUCCUGAGUCUGUGGUCCAACACGGGGUCAAUUUAGGAGAGACGCUGUUGGAAGCAGAGGUGUCAGAGAAUGUGGAGACUCCCGUCAACUGCUUCAGAAAACUGUUUGUGUGUGAUGUCCUUCCUUUGGUCAUUAACAACAUGGACAUGCGCUUGCCAGCCAGCCUGAUGCAGAAAUACAUGCUGAAAGCUGCUGAAUUCUAUAUUGGUUAUGUUACCCGUGGACCCUCACCUGACGUACAGAUACAGGGCUCUCAGGAAGCUGGUUCACUGAAGUCACCCAACAUGUCCCGUGGCUCCCAGCGCUAUGUGAUUGACGGCCUGUCUGAAAAGUCUUCAGUGGUAGCAGAGCCUUGGGAGAGGCUGUUGGACAUCCUCGCUGUGGUUGGAGCUCGCUGCGAGUGGCAGGGAGACAAGGGACAGAGGAGUUAUGUGGACAUGCUGCUGAGGGUGAAGGAGCUGUGUCGCUACCUCCCUGGUCUGGAAGGAGAGACUCGGUCCCGCUGCUGCAGCCAAGUGGUCAUCUGUGCUGCACUCGUCCUCUUCCGCAGCGCCUUUCUCUAUGUCUCAUCUGUACAGCCUGCACUGUUCCAGGCCGUGAAUGCGCUGAGUUCGGGGCCUUGGAUCCUUGUAGAGGAUUUGAGUUCGGUGUAUAAUGAUGUGGAGCUGGAGAGGGGAGCUGUGAAACAUGCACACAAGAAACGCAAACUGGCUGAUGGGAGAGAGAAGACUAUGAGCUCAGAUGAUGAGGAAGGGUUGGGAAAAGGCCGCGGUCGACACAUCAUAGUCAACAAGACUGAGAUGCCCAGCUGGUCAGAGACUCUGGAGAGCUUCCGCACAGCGAGGGAGAGCUGGGAUCUGCUUCACUCCCAUGAUGGCCUGGAAACUGAGUUCAAGAAGAUCUGUGCCUCUUGGAAGACAGACAGCUGGCUAUGGUUCAGAAUAUUCCUCACUGACACUAUCAUAUACCAGGGACAGUACCGUAAGGCUCUCUCUAGCCUGCACCAGAUGGCUGCAGUGCUGCAGCCUCAGCCAGGGCAGCAGAGCCCCUCAGGUCAGGUCAGUCUGGAGCAACACAGGGCCCUCAUACAGCAGGCCUCCUGCCACUACGCACUGGGAGAGUACAGGAUGGCCUGUGAGAAGCUGCUCGAUGUUGUAAGUGGCCUGGUUCCUCCAAACCAAGAACCAACAAAGACCCCAGAAGAUCAGGGAAGAGUCAAGGCCAAAAUGAGGAAAGGUAACGACCUGCGAUUGCUUCCCUGCACCAGCAAAGCUGUGUUACCUUUCUGUCUCCAGCUCAUGCUUGCCUGCUUUAAGCUCCGUGCCUUCACAGACAAUCGUGACGACCUGUCCCUCGGUCAUGUGGUGGUGCUUCUGCAGCAAGACUGGCCACACGGGGAAAUGCUGUUUUUAAAGGCGGUGGAUAAAAUCUGUCAGCAAGGCAGUUUCCAGUAUGAGAAUUUCUUCAACUAUGUCACCAAUAUUGACAUGCUGGAGGAGUUUGCAUACCUGCGUACUCCAGAGGGAGGUAGAAUUCAGCUGGAGCUGCUGCCCAAUCAGGGAAUGCUGAUCAAGAACCCUAGUCCCGCCUUGGGGGUGGAGUUAAACACCCUACUACUACAAGGGGUGCAGGCGAUGGACAGACACCACACAGUGACUCGAGGAAUCACCAAAGGAGUGAAAGAGGAUUUUCGUCUGGCAAUGGAGAGGCAGGUGUCGCGUUGUGGGGAGAACCUCCUGAGCGUGCUUCACCGAUUCUGCAUCAAUGAAAAAAUCAUCAUCAUCCAGUCUCUUCCCUGAUACCUGGAAUGUGACUUUUGAAUCUGUUUAUAACAGAUAUUCAAGACACAGAUUUAAUGCAGCUGGACUGACCUCGUGACCUGAUUAGCUGCGGUUGCUGUCUCAACAGCAGGACACAUCAUUUUUAGCUCUUGUCUCUUUUUCAUCUUUAAUUGUACUUAUAAGAAAAGCUUUCUUGCCAUACAAGUGGAUCUGUCUUUUAAGGAAGUUGGAGAAAACACUGGUUUUGCAAACAUACAAUGCUCAUGCAGUUUUCGCAGUGUGUGCAUCGGUUUCCUUUACACCACAUUAUGUGCUUUUAACCACAUUUGAAGUGGUUUAAUCACAUUGUGAUAUGGAUGUCAGUGUUGAUAAUAGAAUCAAGUGCGUUUUUGAUAUUCUCUGGUAAUGUUUAUUGUUUUUGUUACAAACCUGAUCAACUUGUUAGUUUAUGUAAAUGUCAACAUUAAAUAUCAUUUGAAUUGUUUCAAGAA